AUGAGAGAAUUGCAUUUUGACUUGUCUCGAAUGCCGGUUUGGAUUCAAUUGUAUAAUAUCCCCUUGGAGCUAUUUUCGAGAAAGGGGCUUAGCUACAUUGCGAGUGCAAUUGGUAAGCCCUUGCAUAUGGACUCAAUAACUGCAUCAAGAGAAAGGCUUGAAUUUGCUGGAGUAUGUGUUGAAAUCUCUGUGGAUUCAAAAAUUCCAGACUCUGUUGCUGUUUUGUUAUGUGAUGGAUCUAUUGCUAGUAUCAAGGUUAUUGUACCUUGGAAACCAGCUUCUUGUGAUGUGUGUGGUAAAUUUGGUCACUCGGUGAGAUUAUGUCCUCAGGGGAAGAAAGUAGAACAGUUCUGGAGAGUAAAUGAGCCUAACAGAGAGAGGAAACAAUUUGCAGCUGCACCAGGAGUUAAAGUUGACACUAACCCUACUGAGAAGCUGGAGGGGGUAGUUGUCACUAACUCUAUUGAUCAAAGUGUUAAUCCAGAGGGGAAAAUUGUUGAUACUAAUUGUAAAAGCAAUGUUGACAUAAACUCUGAACAGGUUGCUUUAAGUUUGGCAGAUAUAGUGGGGAAGAAUUCCAAGGUAAAUGAUCGGCUUGAUUCUGAGAAAGGUGCAGUUUUGGAGAUUAAUCAUGUGGAUAUACAAAGCACUGAUAAUGGAAGUAAUCCUCCCAUUAAGAGAGGGAGAGGUAGACCAACAAAGGGUGGUAGCAAAGGUGCUAUGGGAGGUUCAAAAAAUAAGUUUGAAGUCCUUAACUCUAUAGACCCUGAGAGUUUGUUAGUUACUGAUGACUCAGGUAAUAAGCAACGAGUAGCUUCUCUUGGAGUGACUAAGAUCAUCCAAGACCUGAAGCUAAAAAAGAAAGAGCAUGUUGAAAAGGUAAAGAAAAUAGAGGAUAGAGGUGGUGCUUCUUCCUCAUCCACCCUUCCAUUUAAGGAAAGCAAUGCUGGGGAUAUUCUGCAUCAGAAUUUCAGUGACUGGGAUUCGUGUUGCAACUACAAUCACUCAACAAAUGGUCGCAUCUGGACUCUUUGGCAUAGAAGUUUAAACUACACUAUUCUUUCUGUGUUUGAUCAGAGCAUUUCUUUGAAGAGUUCUUUUAGGGAGAAGGAGUUUGUUAUAUCUGCAAAUUGUGUGGAUGAUUUGGGAGUGUUUGACCAUCCUUACACUGGUCCGUUUUUCACGUGGUCGAAUAAACAACAAGACAACUUCAUGGCACGCAAACUGGACCGUGUGCUUAUUAACUCGAGCUGUCUUGAAGCUUUUUCUGAAUCUGAGAUGGAAUUCCAGACUCCCGGGGAUUCCUCGGAUCACUGUGCAGCUCUGAUUUGGUUCCAUAAGGAGGCUCCUACUUCAAUGCCUAAGCCGUUUAAAUUUUUUAAUUUUUGGGCGAAGCAUUCUGAGUUCCUUUCUAUUGUGGAGAAAUCUUGGCAGGCUCCAGCUGUGGGCAACCCUGCUCAACUGAAGAGAGAGGAGUUGAUGAAUAUCCAGCUGGCUAACCUGAAUUCUGCUCAUUCUGGUAGUAACAUCGCCUCUGAACUGGAAAUUGGCAAGGAGCUGCAAGCCCUUGAAGAAGCUGAGCUUCUCUUUUAUAAGCAGAAAGCUAAAGCAGAUUGA